UGCCCGUCAAACUCAAGACCUCGUGCUUUUGAAUCGCCGAUAGUGGAGCCGUCUCUGGUGUGUGUGUGUGUGUGUCAGUAAAAUUAAUCCAGUAAUUUUGGAAAGACUCUCAGAGAGAUGUCUUCCCCAAUUAGUUCAAAGGACAGUUGUUCUUCCGAUGAGGAUAUUCGACUGGAGUCGACGCCAAAGGACAGAGCGUCACGUUUACCUUUCAGCGUGGAAGCGCUGAUGUCGGACCGAAAACCUGACAGUGAGUUUACUGGGAAAACUGCGGGAACGUUAAUGUGUGCAUCUAGGACGCACAAUUACGUAUACUUUUCCAGAGAUGGUCACAGUCUGGAGGGAUUUCCAAAACACUUCGUCCCGACAUCACCGGUUAAAUCAGAAGCAUCUGAGCCGGAGGACAGCGCACCUUGGGCCAGGAGUUCAGGGUUUCCCCCUCAGCCCAGGCAGUUGAGCCCGAGCUGUCCGCUGCGGAAGCACAAGACCAACCGCAAGCCGCGCACGCCGUUCAGCACGUCGCAACUCCUCGCCCUGGAGCGCAAGUUCCGGCAGAAGCAGUACCUGUCCAUCGCCGAGCGGGCCGAGUUCUCCGGCUCCCUCUGCCUCACCGAGACCCAGGUGAAGAUCUGGUUCCAGAACCGGCGCGCCAAGGCCAAGAGGUUGCAGGAGGCCGAGCUGGAGAAGCUCAAAAUGGCCGCCAAGCCCAUCCUGCACCCGGGACUGGCCUUCCCCUUCCCCCUCAACGGCCCGCUCCAGGGCGCCUCGCUCUACGGACAGUCGUACCCUUUCCACCGGCCCAUGCUGCCCCUCGCGCCUGUCGGACUCUACGCCACGCCCAACGGGUACGGCAUGUACCACCUGUCGUGAAGGCAACGCGCUUGGGACGGGGGUCGGUGAGAGCGCGUAGCCUGAACGCGUUAGCCUCAAAUCACCUCUCUAGCCUUAAAGCCCUCCCUGCUGUAAGACAAGUUUACAUCAUUUAUCUUCCUGACACUAACACAAUGGACACAGGCUAAGCGUUAGCAUGUAAUUGGACUCAACGGCUUGUCCCAUUGCAGUGACUCAUCCCAGGGUGAUAUUAUCUGGACAAUAAAGUAAUUAAUCAUUGAACCUUUCAAUUCACCCCAAACCAUGACAAUAACGGACUCAGCCAAUUCGACACCAUCAUAGCCCAUCUUUAUAAAUUGCUGUUUUUAUGGAUUUUGAAUGCCUUUUAACACAUUAUCACACAGAGUAAACACACUCUCAGGAAAAAAUGGUUGCAAAAGGAACCCUGUUAUUCCGUAGAAGAACCAUAUCUAGUUAAAGGGUUCUUUGUCGGGCAAAAUGGUUCUUUGUCCGAGAGCAUUCACGCUUCACACCUAUGAUAGAGGGUUCCAUAGAGAAGUAAAAAGGGUUCCUCUAUGGAGACAAGCCAAAGAACCCUUUUUUUCUGAGAGUCUGCUCUGCAUCCAUACUGUUUGUGCUCAGUUUUAAAUUAGCCUCAUAACCUGUCCGAGACGUUCAGUGAGUAAAUGUGUUAAUAUCAGUCUUAAGUUAUUUGUUAAACUGUUGAGGCAGCAGUCAGAACCUUUGACCCAGCACUUAUAUACACACACUCAAUGGCUAUUACAAUGUCAUACUUAUUUAUUUAACCUCCCUUCGACUGCAUUCUGGGGAGGUGGAAUAUCAUUCCUGUUUUGAACCUGUAGCAAGCAGCUCAAACAAGAGACAUAUAUUGAAUUGUAUUUAUACAGUAUUUGGAUUACCUGUAACCUGAGAGACCCUUUGAAAGGAACUCUGUUGUACAGUUUUAUAAAUGUUAUCAAUCAUGCCUUUUCUGUAUAAUUUUUUUUAAUUUGUGUAAUUUGACAUUAAAUUAAAAAAAAGAGUUUAAACCAUGC